AUGGCUGCGGCCCGACCAGUUGCCAGUCGAGCCAGCCCAGUUAGUAUUGAGGAUGGAGAGGAUGAGGGUGAAGAGGGUGAAGAGGGUGAGGGUGAGGGUGAGUGUGAAGGCGAGGAGGAUGAGAACGCGUAUAUGAACGAGGAGGUCGAGGUCGAGGUCGAGGAUGAGGAUGAGGAUCAUCCAAAAGUGGGAAAUGAAGUCCCAGAGUCCAAGGCCACCCGCCAUGCUGAAGUCAUGGGGGUGCUGAAGCAGAUACUUCAGAAGAUGUGCGAUAUCGAAGAGAAAUUGAAAAAAACAAAAAAAUAA